UUUACGCAACCGCAUCCGGAAAGUUUUGCAAUUUGUCUUUCCUGUAAUCUGCAGCCUUGUCAGCGCGUUAGGAUCUGGACUGCGAGGGAACCGCCACAAUUUUGGGAUUCCCACCGGGCAGCGGCGCCCAAAGGCCACCCCGCAAGUUUCUGCUGGAGCGCCGCUUCCAAGAGACAGAGAUUGAUGGUCAGGCUACUCCUCGGGGAAGCACUCAGCCAGCGCUCCUGGAUCAAAUCCUGAUUUUGUGAGUCCCCCGCUUUGAUUUUGGGAAAACCUGGAGCGAUUUGGGAAGCACCAUGGUUUGGUGCCUGUGUUUUAUGUCCGAAGAUGAGAAAAAUGCCAUGGUGAUCGAUAAAGAAAUCAGCCGGCUGCUUCAAGAGCAGAAGAAACGAGACCGGUGGGAGUUAAAGUUGCUACUGUUGGGCACUGGAGAAGGUGGAAAAAGUACCUUCAUCAAACAGAUGAGGAUUAUCCACGGCGUGGGAUUCACGGAAGACGAACGGAAGGACUUCACCAAAGUGGUCUAUCAAAACAUCUUCACCGCUAUCCAGGCCAUCAUCAAAGCCAUGGAGAGCCUGCAGAUUCCUUACGGCCAGGAGGAAAAUGCACAAAACGCCCGGCAGCUUCUGAACGUAGAUGCCUACAAAGUAGCCUCCCUGGAGCCCCACCACGCGAGGAUCAUCGGUGGCCUCUGGAAGGAUGCCGGCAUCAGGACCUGUUAUAAGAGGAGAAGCGAAUUCCACCUGCUUGAUUCGACGUCCUAUUUCCUUUCGAAUCUGGACCGCAUUGCUUCCGAGGGGUAUGUGCCAACUGCCCAGGAUAUCUUGAGAACUCGCGUGCCCACGACGGGCAUUAAUGAGUACUGCUUCUCAAUGCAAAAGGUGAUGUUAAGGAUUGUUGAUGUUGGUGGGCAGAAAACUGAACGCCGGAAGUGGAUCCACUGUUUCGAAAACGUGAUCGCCUUGAUCUAUUUGGCCUCCCUGAGCGAGUAUGACCAGUCGCUGGAGGAGAAUAAUAGCGAAAACCGAAUGAGGGAGAGUUUGGAUCUCUUCAGGACCAUUCUGGAGCUGCCCUGGUUCUGGAACACCUCGAUUAUUCUCUUCUUGAACAAAGUGGACAUUCUGGAGGAGAAAAUCCUCACCUCGGAUCUGGCUGCCUAUUUCCCCACUUUCCCAGGUCCCAAGCGAGAUGUUCACGCGGCCAAACGCUUCAUCCUGGAGAUGUACGAUGAUAUCUUCCACCAGGUUCUCGACGGGCCUCUUUGUGGCGAUUCCCCUUCCGCCUUCCGAUCCCGGUUCCUUUACCACCAUUACACCUGCGCCACCGACACGCAGAACAUCUGCGCGGUUUUCGCGGAUAUCAAGGACGCCGUUCUGGCCAGCUACUUGGAAGAGUUCAACCUGGUUUGAAGAGGCCGGCUCCAGCUGCAUCGCGGAAUUUGCUGGGCGUGCAAAUCCAGAUGCGGCGUCGGUCGUGAGAAACCGGGGCUGGCGAGAAGCUGGAUUCACAAGGAAACAUUCCUGUGGAUGUACCAGGGUGGAGAAAGCUACUGUUUGUCAUAUCCUUUGCCCUCUCUUCCUGUGGGAACUUUGGAUGGAACGUGAGGGGGUGGCAAUCUAAAGUCUCCCCGCCGAGAAGGAUUUUUUGAAAUAACGUUGCAGCUCCACCACUGAACGAGAGACGUACAACUUAACAGAAUCACAGAGUUGGAAGGGACCUUGGAGGUCUUCUAGUCUAGUGGUCCCCAACCUUUCGGACCUCAGGGACCGCUAAAUUCAUAAUUUUAAAUCCCGCGGACCACUAAUAGGAUCUGCCUAAUGACCGCCUGGGUGGGUGUGGCUAGGGGGUCAUGUGACUGGGUGGGCGUGGCUAACUAGUUGUCACUCAUAUCGAAGGGUGCCUCACCAGCCUCUACUCACCCCUCCCCUCCCAGCUUCUCCUCCCCUGCCUGCCCGGACUCCUUAGGGCCCCAACAGGAAGCAGUUGUUGGAGCAAGCAGCCACCACAUGAAAGAGCUUGCAAAACAGCUCAGUUCAAAUUUGAUCUGACCGAAAAGGAGGCUCAGUAGAAGCACCUCACUGAGGACUGGGAGCAUUGGCUUUCCAAGAAGAGGGAAGACCUGCAGGAGUGCAAGGCCAGGUAAAAUGGAGCGCAACUCCCGUUAAUAGCUGUCUUGCUUAGCAUGGCAAGUUUUGGUCUCCAUUUCAGUCGUAGGUCGAGGACUUGCCUUUAUUCACACAGGUAGUCCUUGACUUACGACCACAAUGGAACCAGCAUUUCUGGUGGCUCAGUGAGACAUUUACCGUCAGUCCUGCUCCGUUUUACGACCUUCCUUGUACAGUUCUUAAGUGAACCGUUGCAACUGUUAAGUUAAUUCUACGGUUGUUAAGUGAAUCCUUAACAACCGUAGGGCCUCUGGUGGCUCAACAGACUAAUGCAGUCUGUUAUUAACAGCAGCUGCUUGCAAUUACUGCAGGUUCUAGUCCCACCAGGCCCCAGGUUGACUCAGCCUUCCAUCCUUUAUAAGGUAGGUAAAAUGAGGAACCCAGAUUGUUGGGGGCAAUAAGUUGACUUUGUAUAUAAAUAUACAAAUAGGAUGAAGACUAUUGCUUGACAUAGUGUAAGCCGCCCUGAGUCUUCGGAGAAGGGCCGGAUAUAAAUGCAAAUAAAAGAAAAGAAAGAAAGAAAGCCAGUUCCAGGCCAUGAUAUAAGGUCCUCCGGCUCUUUGCCACCAGCGAUGCUUCUCUCCAGCCUUCACCCAAAGCCCUGCACCAGGAGGCCGAAGCAGACCCCAAGUCAGAAUUUCUAUCCCCCUCCAACCCACACAAAAAGACCCCGAAGGAGGAGACUCUCUGCAGUAACACAGUAAUAUAAACGUUCAUUGCACAUAUCUGUCCCAGGCGGUGCCGUGUCCCACUCCUCCGCUGACGGCCGGGUCAGGGAAAUCCGAAUCAGGCGUGCCUCUGCAGCUCUGCCAAAGUCCUAGCAAAGUUCUCAAGGCAGGCAGGAGACCAGAAAGUGACUUCAGCAAGAUAUGUUUAGACUUUGCCUGACUCAGAGAAUGCCAGAAAGCAGGUCCUUUAUAUAGGCCAUGGGGUGUGGCUCCAUGACUCAGCACUUAUCCAGGCCUGCCCCUCCCUUCCUUCUGUUGCCUCCGCCUAUCAAGUCUUCUGACGUGAGGGUCACUCCAGUCUGCAGCUGUUGGCAAUUGACCUCCCUCAGGCUCACCUGCUGUGGAGGAGGGGGAGGGGUCUAGCUGCUCCGUUUGCCUGGGCAUGGAGCCAGAACUGGGGGCUGGAGGUAUUUCUUCUUCUUCAGCCUGUCUGGGCAUGGAGCCAGGGCUGGGGGCUGGAGGUAUUUCUUCUUCCGUGUUCGGAAGCAGAUAAGAAGACCCCGGCUGAGGUGAGAUUGGACGAGACACAACAGGCGGCGUAGUUUGAGGACCCCCUGAUUUAGUGCAAUAUAAAAAAUGCAAAUAAUUUUUCUGCGGACCACUAAAAUUUUCUCACGGACCACCAGUGGUCCACAGACCACCGGUUGGUGACUGCUUUUCUAAUCCAACCCCCUGCUCAAGCAGGAAACCCGGCACCAUUCCAGGCAAACCGUUUCCAGUCUUUUCUUAAAAGUCUCCAAUGAUGGAAACGUCCACAACUUUUGGAGGCAAGCCGUUCCGCUGAUUAAUUGAUUAAAUUAAUCAGUGGAACGGAUUAACGGAUUAAAGCCUUAGUAAGGCCACACCUGGAAAUACUACAUCCAGUUUUUGGUUACCGCAGGACAAAAAAAGAUGUUGAGACUUUGAAGAAAAAAAAAUGCAAAGAAGAGCAAUUAAGAUUAAAUUAAUUAAUUAAUUAAUUAAUUAAUUAAGCAAUUAAGGGCCUCUGGUGGCUCAGACUGCUAAGGCAGUCUGUUAUUAACAGCAGCUGCUUACAAUUACUGCAGGUUCAAGUCCCACCAGGCCCAAGGUUGACUCAGCCUUCCAUCCUUUAUAAGGUAGGUAAAAUGAGGAACCCAGAUUGUUGGGGGCAAUAAGUUGACUUUGUAUAUAAUAUACAAAAAGGAUGAAGACUAUUGCUUAACAUAGUGUAAGCCGCCCUGAGUCUUCGGAGAAGGGCGGGAUAUAAAUGCAAAUUAAAAAAAAAAAAAGGCCACACCUGGAAAUACUACAUCCAGUUUUUGGUUACCGCAGGACAGAAAAGAUGUUGAGACUUUGAAGAAAAAAAAAAUGCAAAGAAGAGCAAUUAAGAUGAUUAAAGGCCUGGAGACUAAAACGUAUGAAGAACGGUGGCAGGAUUUGGGGUUGGCUAGUCUAGAGACAAGAAGGACUAGCAGGACAUGAUAUUCCAGUAUCUGAGGGGCUGCCACAAAGAAGAGUGAACACCAAAAGGCAAGAGAAGAAACAAUGGAUGGAAACUAAUCAAGGAGAGGCGCAACCUGGAAUUAAGGAGAGAUUUCCUAACAGUGAGAACAAUUAACCAGUGGAACAACUUGCCACCAGAAGUUGUGGGUGCUUCAUCACUGGAAGUUUUUAAGAAGAGACUGGACAGCCAUUUCUUCAAAAUGGCAUAUAACAUAACAUAACAUCAGAGUUGGAAGGGACCUUGGAGGCCUUCUAGUCCAACCCCCUGCCCAGGCAGGAAACCCUACACCAUCUCAGUCAGAUGGUUAUCCAACAUUUUCUUAAAAAUUUCCAGUGUUGGAGCAUUCACAACUUCUGCAGGCAAGUCGUUCCACUUAUUAAUUGUUCUAACUGUCAGGAAAUUUCUCCUUAGUUCUAAGUUGCUUCCUUCCUUGAUCAGUUUCCACCCAUUGCUUCUUGUUCUACCCUCAGGUGCUUUGGAGAACAGCCCGACUCCCUCUUCUUUGUGGCAGCCCCUGAGAUAUUGGAACACAGCUAUCAUGUCUCCCCUAGUCCUUCUUUUUGUUAAACUAGACAUACCCAG